UCUUUAUCCUCUUCACCCUCUGCCUCUCCCGCUUUAUCUUCAUCUUCUUUGUCCGCUUUGGGCUUCUGUCGUCCGGCGAAUUUCCAUUUCAUCCCCAAUCUGCCUAUUUAUUUCUCCCCAAUCGCCCGCCAGCUGGUCCUGGGUGCCCUGCCUGCUGCCAGUUUGCCUGACCCGCGGGUUUCCCUCAUCAUUGAAUCACCGUCAAUUGUUUCCCAUUUCUCGCCCGCCACCUGUCCAGCAGCUCGCUCCGGGAGCCGGCAUCUCUUUUAUUCACUGCGCCGGACCGGAGGGUUGAAGUAAAGCUGGCGUUAAGUCGCACAAGGCUGGCUGCUUGUGCCAUAAUUCCCCCCCUCCAUCCCUCCAAUUUUCACUUCAACUUCACUCCUCACAAGGCUUUUCCCUUUCUUCUUUUGCCAUUGUUUCAUUGUGUGUCUUUGUGCCAGCUAUCAAUCAUCAAGAGGACUAUUCCCAUUCCGGCAUAUCAGCAGCUUCGUACUACAGUCGACUUGUGUGUCAGGUGCUUUUCCAUUGUUGAGAUUUGAUUUGAGAAAAUUGUUGCCGCACUACGUAUCUUCGGUUGAACGCCUUCUCCCGUAUCGUCAUUUCAUCAUUUCCAUCGCAGCAAGAUGAGUGGACAGCUCGUAUUUCCGUGGGAAUGCCGCGAUAAAGAGGACCAGGCAUGGGCUGCCUACAAUAAUCCCCUCCGCCGGACCAACCAGAUUCUCGUCGAGGAGAAUAUGAGACUCAAGCGAAUCCUUCGUGAAAACGGAAUCUCUUGGUCGCCUUUGGCGCAGAGUCAUAUGAAUCAAAAUGACCCCACGCGGCGCAAGACCCGGUCUUCCGUUGCCGCCGGCCCCGGUGACUCGGCCUCGCCAUUCUUACCAACGGAAGUCCUCUUGCGGAUUCUCAAGUUUGCCAUGAAGAGCAAAUAUCCAAUCAUUGACCCGCUCAGUCCUGCCACGGUUGAAAACCUUACGGAAGAAGAGAAGAAGAGAGGCAACCAGAUAGCCAUCCACUUCCUGGCUACGUGCAAAGCAAUGCACGCCGAAGGCACUCGAUUCCUCUGGGAGUCCAACCACUUUGUCUUCACCACCCCUCAAGCUCUGCGUAACUUCAGCGAGCUCAGCUUCCACUUUCGGCAUAAAAUCUUGCAUGUCAACCUUCGUGUCAUUGCCCGUUACUACGAUGACCAGCGUCGCAGGCACAAGCUGGAAAAGUACUAUCAUCCAGACCUGAAGAAGGACCAACCCCUCAAGAUUCACAUGCGCCCAAAGGAGUCGCCUCUUGUUCGCGGCGGCUUUCGCUGCUACACCUGGAACCAAGUCAUAGAUUUCCUCCUGGCUCUUCGUGCGCCGUUUGACCCGGCUUACAAGGACAAGAAGAAUCCAAGACCAAGACUUCUUCCGUCUCUGUCAUCUCUGCGACUGGAUUUGGUCAACUUUUCAGAUUCCUUGCUGCCAUUUUCCGGAUCCGAGCUUCACGAAGUGGCCUCUCACGAGCUGGGAUGUACCUUGAAUGAACUUCAGGUGACAGGGAUGCCUUUUGACGACGUUGGUAUGAAGGCCUCUGCCGAACUGAGUGGUCUGGUGAAGGAUGAAGGCCUCUAUCUUGAUGCAUCUGCUGCCUUCAUCGCCCACCCUAAAGGUUUGCAGAGCCUCUCGGGAGACAACUGGUGCGCUCGUGUGAUCAGGGCAUACAAGGACCUCAAGGACGAAAUGGAAGAAGAAGGCCUUGGACUCGGUGAAGACGACGAUGAAGAACAAUUCCACCUGCACUCGUUUGAAGGCUACCACAAGGUGGGCGCUCUACCCGCUGCUCCCUCCGAGGAAGGCCAUCCUCCAUCAACUCGCGACGAGAAGAGAGUCAUCUGGAAGAAGGUUCCCGUCACCCGCGAAUCGGACAAGCGCAUGUGGAUCCAAUUCUCCCGACUCAACGGAUAUGAGAUUGAAGAUUCGGUCUGGGAUAGUGACGACGAUAGGAUCUGUCCAUGCUGCGGCGACUCUCACCCCGGCUCAUCCAUGAUAGAGUUCAUGAGCGACUAUGAGUGAACAGGUCGUUCUGUUUUUGUUUGUGCAGUGCCCACGUUAAGAUUUGAGAUAAUGAAAGAAUUUACCGCGGCAGAGAGAUGUUGCGCAGUAUUAUGUGCUUAGAUACCCCCACGGUUGGUGGCAAAAAAGGGAGCUCUGUACUUGAUGGAAGCAAAAUACAAGUGGGUUUAAACAGGUACCAGUCUGAGAUUUGAGAAGCUAUGCAAUUAAUUCCAUGUUGUCAC